GUCCGUCAACGUAACCCCCAUGCUUCUUGGUGGUUUUGCCCACGGAAACUUGACGCGACAUACUUUUUUAUAUUUAGGUUUUGCCAUCGUCCCACGGUCACAACAACCUCAGGAUUAUUUUAACAUUAAUGACGCGCGUGACGAGGCUUUGUUCGUGAAGCCCACAGCAGGAUUUCACGCAGACUCGUCGGUGCUCCGUUGGCGUCGUCUUUUAUUACAGCACACGGACACGGUGCUCUAAAACAUGGGGAAGAGCUGCGCUAUGGCCUCCGCCGUCCCGGUUGUUCUGCUCCUGUCUGCGGCUUUAUUCACCACAACAGUCGCCGAUGAUGACUGUAAGAGCUACAUGACCAGCAAUGGCAUAUUCAAGGGGCCCAUUGACUGCAAUUAUAACCGGUUCUGCUGUGGAACCUGUGAUGACCGAUAUUGCUGCACCGAUCUACUGGAGAAGUUUUCAGAGGAUGCACAAGCUUUUUGUGAAUAUGAGUUAUACGACAAUGAGAUCAGUUCUAUCGCUUUGGGCGUGUCAGUGGCAGCGAUCGUAAUCGCCAUCAUUAUCUUCACCAUCUGCUGCGUCUGUCCCUGCUGCUGUUUCUACAAAAUGUGCAGGAAACCUAGACCUAUAAUGACAACAGCAACAACUACGGUCAUAACUUCCCAAUACCCUCAGCAACCCGUCAUACAGGGAGGUCAGUACCCACCAUACCAGCCUAUGCCCCCUCAGCACGGGUACGGAGGUCAGCCGGCUUACGGAGGGCAGCCCAUGCCGACCGGACCGUAUCAGCCACAGCCAUAUGCAGUGGGACCACCACCACCCCCAUAUCAGGAAGCUGGAGGUCCAGGAUAUCCUGCUCCUUACAGCCAGGCAGCUUUUAAUCCCGGUCAGGCUUUUUAUCCCAUACAUCCUCCAGUUCAGCCUGGUUUUACUCAACCACCCCCACCAACAGACUACAACUCAACUCAGCCGGCGUACAACCCAGCCUACAUGCCACCACCAAAGACCGGUUACUAAACCACGAGCAUCUGUGACGUCAGUUUUCACCGGAUCACGGAAGUGACUCAAUUCCACAAUCAAAUCACAGAGGAAGCAUUCUCAUCCUUUCAAAAGGAUGUUUGGAUUAAAAAUACUGACUUGCUUUUUUAACUCUUGUUUUUGACCAACGUCUCUUUCAUUGCACAGGUCACGCAAAUGUAGUUUUCUCUACUCCCCCGCCAUUUGUAGCCACAAGCCAUAUAUUUAGCACCGUUUGGUUCUCGUUCUGUUUUUCUACAUUUAGCAAAAAGGGAAUUAUUUGUUUUUUUAAAGCCACAGCAUUGAAACACUUUACGUUUGUUUCUUAAGUGCCUUAUAGUUGAGGCACUCACUUUAUUUUAUAACAAGAAUUUGCACAAAACAUCGGCACUUUAUAUUUGUGCUUGGUGCAUUCAGACGAUCAUGAAUGUAAAAUCAGCAUGCCGUUCAGUUUAACGUCACAUUAAUCUGUGAAAGUCAUGUCAGACUUUAUAGUUUUUAUGUACAGUCGAAGAUCCAGAAUAUGCCUUGUACGAAUGGACACGUUUAUCGCAGGGUUCAAUAUAAACUGAAGAUUUUAUUUAUGUCUGGUUUAGUUUGUUUGCUAUUGUAAUAGUUGUGAUAUUUUCUGCAGUUGCGAGUGCAUUUUGUUAAUCACAGCAAUUAUGCUUUUGCGCAACUUGUAGCAAAUAAGGGACCCUGUUGUUAGCAAAAAACCUACUUCAUUUUUUUUUUCGAAUGAGGGCGGCAGCUCAUUUUAGAAAUUUCCCCUGUGACUUCUUUCCUUGAGGUUUUGAAUAGCAACAGCUUCUGAAUACAGGCAAACGAUAUAAUAAAUACAGUGUGCAAGGUUAGAAAGAGGGUGAAAUUUUAAUCUUCUUCAACACUUCUGUCUAUAGAGACAGAGCGCAGCGCGUCAUAACCUGAAAACCACGCCCACCGGGGGGAAAACAAUCCAACCGUCUCCACUGACUUUGUAUUGGGAGAGGCUGCCUCCUUGUCAUUUCUGGCUUAUAACAAAAAACCAGUGGCGUAGCGUCUGGGCAUGCAGGGUAUGCACGUGCAAAUGGGCCCGGGCCAAUAGGGGGCCCGCCCCAGCUUUUAAUAAAAAAAAUUUUUUUUCAAUUUAAUUUUUAUUUGUGGCCGCAAUAAAUAUAUUUUUGUAUGCAUAUCAUGUGUUGUGAUUAUUAUUUCUACAUAAUUUCUCAUUUUUCCGUCAUUUCUUGUUUGUGUGUAUAAUUUUUUUUGCAUUCCACGGCUGCCGUAGACUACUACGCUAUCAUUUUUUUACAUGACGCAUCGCCGCGCCAAAAAAAAAGAAAACACAGUGUGAAAGGUUAUUAUAACGGCUAUCUACAUGAACAUUAAGGAUGGACAAAUAUAAACAUAAAAGUGGGGCCUUAAAGAGAAAAGACAAGGCGGAGAAGUUAGUCACGAGUCAAAAACUACCCAAAACAUUUCAUUUUUCUUUAUUUAAAUCUACCCUUUAAAGUAAAAAAGUAAAGUCAAAAUAUUUGACUACCUUAUUAAAAGUAUAUGUUGUUAACAGACCUGCACACCACAGUUAACAGUGCCAACGGGCAAGGUAGGGGGGGCUUUGGCUUAAGGGGGCCCGCAAAUUUUUUUGCAUAUGGGCCCGGGACUGACUUGCUACGCCAAUGCAAAAAACAGAAUAAUGCCUAAAAGCUGUUGUGUGACAAUAUGUACAGCUAACAAGCCAAAAAACCCCAGAAAUAAGUUUUUAUAAGCUGUCGAGCCGUAAAACCCUGCCUUUAAGGAGAAAAAAAAGUGGAAACAGGCAACUUUUCAUAGUAGUCCUAUUAGUAGAACUGCGUCCACUAGGGGGAAACGUAGGCGGCGAUCCACUUUAUUCUCCUUAAAGGCUGGGUUUUACGGCUCGACAGCUUAUAAAAACGUAUUUCUGGGUUCUUUGGCUUGUUAGCUGUACAUAUUGUCACACAGCAGCUUUAAGGCAUUAUUCUGUUUUUUGUUAUAAGCCAGAAAUGACAAGGAGGCGGCCUCUCGCCAUACAAAGUCAAUGGAGACGGUUGGAUUAUUUUCCCCCCGAGGGGCGUGGUUUUCAAAUGUGCAUAACUGCGCUCUGUCUCUAUUCUGUGUCUUUCUUUCUAUAAAGAAAACAUUUCCACUGA